AACGGCAACAUCCAUUGUUUUGGUAUUUGUUUGUUUGUUGACCUGCCUAGCUGGUUGGCUAGUAGUUACUGCAGCUAGACUAGAUACCUGUAACAAAUCCCUCGAACGCUUCAGUGUAGAUGCGCAUGCGCGCUUGAACGGUUCAUUUUCAUCGGCAGAAGUUGUCAAAAGUAAAUACGUGCGAAAUAUUUUGGCCAACAUCCGAAACGAGUGACACAAAAAUAUGUGCGAAAAAUAAUCUAUAAAAAAAACAAGAGAAAACUAUCUUUUCCAUAACUAUAUAUUUUGUUUGUGGUCUUUCCGAAUUGUGUGUAUCGUUUUCGUUAGAAGGAAUAACCCAGAGGAUUACCUUUUGAAAACAACAACAAAAAAAUGAUUCAUCAGCAUAGAAAAUGUGUGGAUAUGAGACAUACUUGCCUACUCUUGAUGUUGGGUAUUGUGGCCCCAAGUAUGAGUUUGGCUGCUGCCCCACCGCCCCUAGACUACUUAGUACCACCACCACUGCCCGCGGCAACAGCAGCAAUAUCUCCGCCCGCCACACGUUUACAUCCUGCCCCAAGACCGGCAAAUUCGUUACCCAGCGAAAGUCGUACUGUGCCACAUUAUGCCUUCCCCAAUGGUCAAGCCUUCGCCAAGAACGUUAAUGAGCCAGGUCUGAUAAGUCGAAUGGCUAGAUGGUUUGGAUUUGCUAACGAAAACUACGCCCAAGAUUCUCAAGGAGCGGCUACGAAUAAUCAGCAUUACUAUUAUCCGAAACCGCAACAGCAAGGAUCGGGGAGCAAGGAACCUUGUAAUUUAUGCAACAAAUAUCCCUGGGUGCCGAUGAUGCACAACAGCGUCCAGUACCCAUGGGAUCCCAGUAAGCAACAACAGCUAGCCGGACAAGGACACUUGUACAAGCAGCCGCCAGUGCCACAAUUGCAACAUGCCGCCUCCAAUCUCAAACAACGGGCCGUCCAAUUCCUCUUUCCACCCGCAGCAGCACCACCACCUCCGUCUCACGCGGGACAUCACAUUCCACAACAAAUUCCAAAUAAAGGAGGCCCGGAGCCACAAUCUCACCAUCAGGUGCAAUACUCUUCGGGGCCAUUUAUUCCAAUUCCCAUACCGAGUUUGAGUAAUUCUGCACAACCACCCAUUUACAAUGCCCGGCCAUUCAAUCAACCAACAGCGGGACAAUCCACGCAAUUCACUCCUCAAACUUAUCACCCGCAGCAUCCGUCCAACAGCCCCAGCUCAUUGCCGGCAACUCAGCAACAGCUUCCUUCAACAGAGGCGGCCCACUUCACCGAUGCUAUAGCAUCGGCCCAUUCUGAAAUACAUCUCGACACGGUGAUUCCAACACAAAUCCCCCCAUCCACACAAAAUAAUGAAGCCAGCUUUGAAAUUAUAAAAAGUCACCAGGUGGCCGACUACAUCUCUUCCGUCGAAUAUCCGGCUGCAUUCGUGCAAACCCAGGCCUUUGAUGUGCAAUCAACCAGUUCCAGUUUGGCAGGAAAUCACCAGACGGACCAUAAACCUGUAGUUAAUACAGGACGCUAUCAGCACUCUACCUUGAGUCCAUAUCUCAACCAACACAUUCCGGCCUCACAAAUACUCACAGAACCAGGAAGUUUUGUCCUUGACAAUCAGUAUCAACAGUCCACACUUCCAGCACAGGUCUAUGAUCAGAACACAACGAUUUACGAAUCCCAGGACCAUGGCUAUGACAUCGAUAACUUCGUUGCAGCUUCGGUGAAGAACAAUUCAAUUCACGCCGAGGGCAAUUCAUACGAUUCGUGGACCCUGGAAUCAAAUGACUUCGUAUACGCCACCACCACACCUGAAGUGUACACCCAGACGGAGACUGAAGCCACGACAACCCUCAGGCCAGACUUUUACUCCACCACCACCGAGUCGGUGCAGAGCAACGAUGUGGAAUUUGUCGCUUCCGUCCAGACCAGCAAGCAGAUGUCGUCGACUAAACUGUGGCCUCAGAAGCCACGUGAUCGAGAAACACCGAAAAGAAUGUUGGAUUCUCCAAUCCAACACCUCAAUGGUGGUCUGGGUGCACCAAGACCCUUCACCAGAGAUCCGGCCGAUUUGGGCCUAAGAGCGGUGGCAAACAAUCACAAAUUCUAUGAAGAGACAGGACAUCGACAAAAUUCCCUAUCGCCAACUUCGCCAACGCCAACAUCAACUUACAGCUCCAUAGAUGCCAGUGGCCAUUAUGCGGGAAUGUCACCGCCAGCCGUAGUCACUCAGGCCAAUCGGCAGCCCUUCAUACCCUUCACAACCAAAGUUCAACCUCGUCCCUUCGAGCCAACGAAAAACGCCAGCGACAAGCCUCCAGCAACUCCCUCAUUCUCAGAUUGGAUUCAGGCGCAGAACUCCGAUCUUCAUACCCCAGCAGAGACAAUGCUGGUCAAUGUGAAGUUGAAUCCCAUUACAACGUCAACAACGACAACAACAACAGUCAAGCCGCGUCCCACCAAAUACUUAACGAAAAUCCUUGCGUCGAACAUCAGGGAGUUAUUGCAACGAGAACACACCCCGUCCACGAAACUGAAACAAAGUCCCAACUCCUUGAGUUUCGAUUUGCAGGCACUGCAGAAGAACAUUGACGACUGGACCGAACAGGAGUACACCUCGCUGUCACAUCGUCCAAGUACGCCCACAAUUUUAGGUAGAUCAAAACACAUUCCAAAGGAGUAUUUACCCUCCACAACGACCACCAUUGCGGCGACCAAGUCGCCCGUCAAGCCGCAGAGGCAGUCCAAAACUACGAAGGGUUUCUUGGACACCUCAGAACUGUCGGCGUCCGUCAAUAGCUUGGAACCUUUGUACGAGAGAAAGCAUUUCCAGUUCACUGCGAUAAGCGACAAUCACCUGCAGGAAACGUACGACAGUCGAGAGGUCUCCAAAUACCAGACCACUACAACUGCUCCCACAACAACACCAAUGGUAACCACCACCAGCACUACUUCAACCUCUACAACUACUACAACGCUGAGGCCAUUCUAUCAGCAAGGCGUUGAAGAGAUCGAACCAGAAGAACUGUGGCGCAAGGCUAAAGUUUCGAUAUCGCCAAAAACCAAGGAGAAGGUCUAUGUGGUAACGCCACAGCCAAUAUUCUUCCCCCAGCGACAAAUUUCCUCAACAUCGACGACAACCACGGAAAGGCCAUUCAGUGGAUUUGGAAGUGGGUUCAAGUCUCCACGAUUUUUAGUGAGACCCACACCGGGCAAUGUUACUGCCAGUAAUCUUUUGAAAAUUCUAGGUACCGAAUCGAACAACAACAACAGUAACAGCAACAAGGGCAAAUAUCGUUUUGAUCUGUCUCAGGAAGUUUUCAGCAAUUCAUUCUUCUUGCCCGAUCACGUGGGCCUAAGAGGACUCUCGGCAUAUGUGCCCUCGGAGCCGGUGGAAAUAAUAGACGGCAAUUCCAAAGUUUUGAAGACCAUCAAAUCGCCAAAACAUCUGGAGAGCAGUAGCUCAACAUCCCACAACAUAAUGGAUCUUACCAAAGAGAGACAAACGGCGCCCAAGAAGAAGACCAUGGAACCUUCGCCGAGAUAAACUCGCCGCCUCCCCCCCACUGCUGCAUUUUCAAAAUUUCCUGCCCGCCCGCUCCAUCCUCCGUCCAAUGUAUUAUAAUCCUACGUCCCUUAUGUGUUUAGGAAAUUGUAUUGCUUUUGUAUCUAGCAGAUAUACGAACAUUUUUAGUUCCAUUCUCCACUCCCCUGUUCACCUCUACGUCGACUUUCCGAUCACUUCGCAUUAUUUUUGUUUAGCUUUAAUUUUGUUUGCUCAUCACUUGGGUAUCGCUCAAGAUCGACGAACUAGGAUACGUUGUGCCCCCGCUGCUGUCCCCUCGAUGCACCGAAUACCUGCCAAUGUAUAUGGAAUAGUCAUCACCACAUCGACAUAAAUAAUAAUUAUUUAUGUGUCUAUUAUUUAAUGAAAUUUAUUUGUAUGCCUAAUUAUCUUCAUAUUAUUUGUAUUAUUAUUAUUUUUUUUUACCUAUGUGAAAUUUGUAAAUACAUUUUUUUAAGUGAUUAUAAAAA